AUGUCAACGUUUGAGGGAAGAAUUGAAGAAAUACCAGGCGUCUCUGUGGAUAAUUUUGGAAAUGAUAAUGUUAAAUCAUCAUUAUUUUUUUUGAGUCAUUGUCAUACUGAUCAUAUGUAUGGACUUGAUAAAUUACUACAAACACUACCAAAUGAUCCAGUUAAUAAAUUUUAUUGUAGUAAAUUAACGAAAAAUUUUAUCAUUGAAUUAUGGAAUUUAAAUGAUUCAGUAUCAUCAAAAAUAAAUACAAUUGAUGAAAAUCAAACAAUCAUAACAGAAUAUAAAUUAAAUAAUAAAAUUUAUAAUUUAACAGUAACUUCUGUACCAGCUGGUCAUUGUCCAGGUUCAAUAAUGUUUUUAUUUGAAAUUAAUAAAAAAUUUAUAUUAUAUACCGGUGAUUUUCGUAUAAAUUCACAAGAUUUAUCAAAAAUUAAAUCUCUACAUGAUGAAAAAAAUGUUCCCAUUAAAUUUGAUAAUAUUUAUCUUGACACAACAUUUUUUGAUGAUUCAUUUGAUUAUUUACCAACACGACAACAAUCAUUUGUUGAAAUUUUAAAGUUUAUUAAAAAUUGGCUUGAUAAAGAUGAAAAAAAUAUAAUUAAUAUUGAAAUAUCAGCAAAAUUUGGAUCAGAAUAUAUUUAUAUGAAACUUUUUGAUGAAUUAAAUAUUAAAGUACAUGUUUUAAAUGAUGUUUACAAAGCUUUUUCAAAUAUUAUUAAUGUUAAAAAUUGUAUAACAAAUAAUCCAUAUACAACUAGAGUUCAUGCAUGUCAAUUAAAAGGUAAUAAAAGUCCUUUAAAUUGUCGUAAUGAUAUUGAUGUUAGCAAUAUCAUGACUGUUAUACCAUCAGUAUGGUACUGGAAAAAUAAAAAUUUAAAAAAUAAAUUUACUGAUUUUUUAUCUAAAGAAAAUAGAUAUUAUGUUUGUUACUCGACUCAUAGUUCUUAUCAAGAAUUAAUUUAUUUUAUAAAAUAUUUUAAACCAAAGAAAGUAUAUCCUUGUCAAUGA